AAGCCAGAGGAAGAAAAGGGGAGCUAAAGCCUGGGAAAGUUCAGUUACACGAUAACAAAAGGACAUCUUUACAGGAAAGCUUUUUCUUUUAUUAAAAAAGUAUAUAUAGAGAGGUUUUCCCUCGUACGUUUGCCCUGUAAACCUUUACCUCUAAAUGAACACUUUGGACACCAUGUUUUCAUUGUUGACAUCGUUUCAGCUGCAGCAGGUCAUUGUCCCAGUUAGUCAGCUCAUCAGUGCCGUCCAUUCUCUGAAGAGCUCGGCCACAGCUUCAGUCCAGAGCUUACAUCAACACUUCACCACAGAGCACAAUUCAUCUCUCACAGAGGGUGGCAUUAGUCUGAGGGAUCUGGGUCUGUCAGAGAUCAAGGUGGCUCAUUUGGAAGAGCUGGUCAACAGGUUACUGCCUACAGUCAGACCAGAGGAGCGUCCCGCUGUUCUGUCAUCGUGGAGGACAAGUCACGUCUCCUCAGGCAGCUUCUUUCACAACAAACAUGGGUUUUCACAGAAGAGGUUUGGGGGUUUUUGUCCACCGGGGUUCAACAGACAACAGCACAGUCCUCUAGAAGAAGUUUGUUCAGAGCUCCAAUUCUUACCUGUAUGGGUCCAGAAUCGCAGUUUCAAAACACUUCGAUCAAAGUCUAAAGGAGUGAAAUCUGGUUCUGAUCAUGUCGAGGACUCGCAGACUAACAUACCACCCUUGAUGAAGGGAGCAGACGGGGAGUCGUUGGACCAACUGAUCAAAUCCAAGAACCUUCAAGAGAAUCAGCAGGAUGCCUUCAAGCUGGGGUUCACAGAGGGGUUCAUGAAGUCCCAUUCCUACACUAAGGGAACACGAGACUCGUUGAGGAGGACCAGGUUUUUGACUUUGGCCAUCAUACUCUCUGGGAUUUAUUUCCUGUCCUGGAUCCCGACUUUCUUUGAGCGGUUCCGCACAUCUGGUUUUGGAACACCAGUCAGUCCCGUCCAGAUGAAGAAUGUGACAUUUGAGCAUGUCAAAGGAGUGGAUGAGGCAAAGAGUGAACUGCAAGAAGUUGUUGAGUUUCUGAAGAACCCACAUAAGUUUACCGCUCUGGGUGGAAAGUUGCCUAAAGGUGUCCUCUUGAUUGGUCCACCUGGCACAGGAAAGACUCUCUUAGCUCGAGCUGUAGCCGGAGAGGCUGACGUACCUUUCUACUAUGCCUCCGGAUCUGAGUUUGAUGAGAUGUUUGUCGGUCUCGGUGCGAGCCGCAUCAGGAAACUUUUUAAAGAAGCAAAAGUUAACGCUCCCUGCGUCAUCUUCAUCGAUGAACUGGACAGCGUUGGUGGAAAGAGGAUUGAGUCUCCCGUGCACCCUUAUUCCAGACAAACCAUCAAUCAGCUGCUGGCUGAAAUGGAUGGGUUUAAACAAAAUGAAGGUGUCAUUGUCAUUGGUGCUACAAACUUUGCAGAGGCUUUGGAUAAUGCACUGAUAAGGCCCGGGAGGUUUGACACACAUGUGACGGUCCCUCUUCCCGACGUGAAAGGACGCACUGAAAUUCUCAAGUGGUACCUCUCUAAGAUUAAAGUGGACCCUGCUGUGAAUGCUGAGAUAAUCGCCCGAGGCACCGUGGGAUUCUCUGGGGCGGAGCUGGAGAACCUGGUCAACCAGGCGGCUUUGAAAGCAGCUGUGGAUGAGAAAGAGGUUGUCACAAUAAAGGAGCUGGAGUUUGCAAAGGACAAGAUCGUCAUGGGCCCUGAGAGGAGGAGUGUGGAAAUAGACAUGAAAAACAGGACCAUCACAGCCUAUCAUGAGUCUGGUCAUGCAAUUGUUGCCUAUUACACCAAAGAUGCAAUGCCCAUCAAUAAGGCCACGAUUAUGCCUCGAGGCUCAACUCUUGGUCAUGUGUCCAUGCUUCCAGAAAACGACCGCUGGAAUGAAACACGAGCCCAACUGCUGGCUCAGAUGGAUGUCAGUAUGGGUGGUCGAGUAGCUGAGGAGCUUAUCUUUGGAGAAGAAUUCAUCACAAGUGGAGCAUCCAAUGACUUUGAUGGAGCAACCAAAAUAGCAAAAAUGAUGGUGACAAGGUUUGGAAUGAGUGACAAGCUCGGUGUCAUGACCUACCGUGAUGUAUCCAAGCAGAGCCCCGAGACGCAAGCCGCCAUCGAACAAGAGGUCCGGACUCUACUGAAGGACUCAUACGAGCGCGCUAAAAUAAUCCUGAAGACUUACAGUAAUGAACACAAGAAGCUAGCUGAUGCCCUGCUAAGAUAUGAAACUCUGGAUGCCAAAGAGAUCCAGAUGGUACUGGAGGGUAAAUCACUGGACCAAUAGAUACCUCAGCAGUCAGAACACUUCAAGCACAUGCCUCCCGGGAGGCCUUGUAUCAAACAUUUGAAGACAAUGAAUUUACAUUUCAUCCCG